AUGCCGCCCGCCGCCGCAAUCCGCUUCCCCCUUCCGGUCCCGCGCACGCUCGGCGGCGCAGCCUCUCCCCACGCGGCAUUUCUUCCUGCGUCAGACUCGCCGAAAUCUGAUCGCUCGCUCUGCGUUUCCCAUUUCGACAUCGCUCUGAAGCCCACUUAUUAUCCCGCGCCUCAUUCUGCCUGCGCCUUGUGCUUUGGUGGGGGAAAUCUGGGCCGCGGCGCCAAAGAACCGCGCCCUCGAAGAAGCGCGCAGUACGGCGGAGUGAGACAGGGAACACUCCGCGCGAGACCGGGGGAUCUGCGCACCCCUCUUGCGCGCGUAGCGGGAGAUGAAGGCGGAGCAGCGAGGGCGGGGCAAGGAACGGCGGGCGGAGCUGCGGGGGCGCCCGAUGCGCGCGUAGCGCGAGUGAUGCGCGUUUUACGGGAAGACCUGCCGGUGCAGUACGAGCGAGACCUGGAUUGGUCCAUCUACGAUGCCAGCGUGGCAUUCGUGGAUCCUGUGACGCGAUUGGACGGCCUAUUUCUGUACAGAGGGAUGAUUACCAGCCUGAGGUUAAUCACGGCAGUGGGAUUCGAACCCGGGUCUCUCGUUUUCGAAGUGCACUCACUGGAAGAGGUCCUUCCCGACGCGCGCACCCUCUCGCCCUUCCCCCCGCGUCCGGGGCUGGAAGGGUGUGUGGGGGAGGCGGUGGGCGCAGUGCGGAGUGUGUGGAGCACAAGGGGGCAGACUCGGUGGGGGAAGGCGCUGAGCAUCACUGGAGGUGCGUUGGGCAUCACUGCAGGGGAGGCAGUGAGUGUUUGUGGGGGAGGUGGUGGGUGCAGUGGGGAGAGUGUGGAGCACGAGACGAAGGGGGGCAGUCAAUGGGGGAAGGCGUUGAGCAUCAGUGGAGGUGCGUUGGGCAUCACCGGAGGUGCGUUGGGCAUCACCGGAGGUGCGUUGAGUAUCACUGGAGGGGCGAGUGCAGGAGGUGCGACAGUGCGGGUGUGGGGGAGGCAAUGA